AUGAGUCAAUUGUCUCCACGAUGUUCUUAUAUCCUAAAAGAAAAAUCUCCACAUUCAAUAUCUAGUCUUGAUGAAAAUGAAAUAGAUGAAGUUCGAAAGAAGUUAGAUCACCUUCAGUCAUUACUAACACAAGUUAACAAUCAACUCAAAUCUUCACCCAAUGAUGGAGAUGAUGAUGAUAAUAUGAUUGAUGAAAGAAUCCUUCCAAAUUCUUCGACUGAAUUGAAUCUUUUACAGACUACUGCAAAGAAAACUGAAGAAAAUGGAGAAAAGAUUGAUGAUUCAUGUCGAAAUAUGCCCAAUUAUGCUACAUUUUCUGUGAAACAAUCACAUGAAUAUGCUCUACUAUUACUAAAAUUACUACUACUAAUAUUACUACUACUACUACAACUACUACAACUACUAAAAUUACUACAACUACGAUUACUACAACUACAACUAACACAACGAUUACAACUACAAAAAACUACUACAACAACUAAAACUACUAUUACUACUACUACUACUACUACUACUACUACUACUACUACUACUACUACUACUACUACUACUACUACUACUAUUACUACUACUACUACUACUACUACUACUACUACUACUACUACUACUACUACUACUACUACUACUACUACUACUACUACUACUACUACUACUACUACUACUACUACUAUUACUACUACUACUACUACUACUACUACUACUACUACUAUUACUACUACUACUACUACUACUACUACUACUACUACUACUACUACUACUACUACUACUACUUCUACUAUUACUACUACUACUACUACUAUUACUACUACUACUACUACUAUUACUACUACUACUACUACUACUACUACUUCUACUACUACUACUACUACUACUACUACUACUACUAUUACUACUACUACUACUACUACUACUACUACUAUUACUACUACUACUACUACUACUUCUACUACUACUACUACUACUACUACUACUACUACUACUACUACUACUACUACUACUACUACUACUACUACUACUACUAUUACUACUACUACUACUACUACUACUACUACUACUACUACUACUACUACUACUACUACUACUACUACUAUUACUACUACUACUACUACUACUACUACUUCUACUACUACUACUACUACUACUACUACUACUACUACUACUACUACUACUACUACUACUACUACUACUACUACUACUACUACUAUUACUACUACUACUACUACUACUACUACUACUACUUCUACUAUUACUACUACUACUACUACUAUUACUACUACUACUACUACUACUACUACUACUACUAUUACUACUACUACUACUACUAUUACUACUACUACUACUACUACUACUACUUCUACUACUACUACUACUACUACUACUACUACUACUACUAUUACUACUACUACUACUACUACUACUAUUACUACUACUACUACUACUACUUCUACUACUACUACUACUACUACUACUACUACUACUACUACUACUACUACUACUACUACUACUACUUCUACUACUACUACAAAUACUACUUUUACUGCUACAUCAUCAUCAUGUUUUCGAAGUGCACAAUUCACUUUCAUAUUAUCAAGAAUUACUAUUUUACAAAUGUGA